UGUUGUAGGUUAGGGCCAAUAAUAAAAAUUCAAUGUUCAUAAGACACAAAUGCGUCCUUGUGAUUCAUUAAAUUUCACGGCUUUUGGAUUUCAACGAGAAGGAUAUAGUCGAUUAGAAUGUCCACUAACCACACUAGAGACGUAAUUAUCAUAGAUGACGAGUGUCAACAAGCUACGGAGAACAACGAGAUAGCUGCUAUUGAUUACGAGCUACAACAGAUAGAGAACGAGCUGCAGAAAUUGCAAGACCGCAAGAAAUUAUUGACACGACGGAAAGAGAAAUUGCGCGACGAUGCUCUUUUAAAGAAAAGUUUUUCCCUGUCCAAGAACAAUUGGGACAAUAAGGAUUUCGCUUGGUCCGUAAAGCUGACAGAAACGUUAAAGAACGUAUUCAAGAUAGAAGAGCUACGAGAGUUACAGUUACCGACUAUGAACGCGAUCAUGUCCAAGGAAGAUGCGAUAUUGAUCAUGCCUACGGGUGGUGGUAAGAGUUUAUGUUAUCAAUUACCGGCUGUGAUGAGUAAAGGUAUAACGGUGGUAGUUUCACCAUUGAUAUCCUUGAUGGAAGAUCAGUUGCACGGAUUGCGUAAACUUGACAUAAAGGCUAAUAUGCUGUGCGCAAAGGCUGACAAGGAAAGCGUCAAAACGACUAUGGCAGCCCUCGUGGAUAAAAGUUGUCCACUUAAACUGAUUUAUGUAACGCCGGAAUAUAUGGCAAAGUCGAAUCGCUUCAUGAAUAAACUGCAAAAGGCGUACGAGUCGGGGCAUCUAGAACGGUUUGCGAUCGACGAAGUGCACUGCUGUAGUCAAUGGGGACACGAUUUCAGACCCGAUUACAAGUUCUUGGGAGUAUUGAAAUCUAUGUUCCCUGGAAUACCGAUUCUAGGUCUCACUGCGACGGCUCCGGCUAAAAUCAUCGUAGACGUGCAGAAAAUGCUGGACAUCAGCGGUUGCCUGGUUUUACGAGCUUCAUUCAAUAGACCCAAUUUAUAUUACGAAGUUCGUCGCAAACCGGCAGAUAAGGAAACGUGUCUCGCGAUGAUAGAAAAUCUAUUGAAGAAUCGAUUUAAUGGCAAGUCGGGGAUAAUUUACACGACUACGAUUAAAGACGCGGAACAACUGACGACUGAUUUGAGAGACAGAGGUGUCAAGGUUGGAUGCUAUCACGCGAUGCUCGAAGCCAACUACCGAUCGGAAGUUUACUCCAAGUGGAUGUCGGGCAAGUAUCAAGCGGUAGUGGCAACUAUCGCUUUUGGAUUGGGUAUCGACAAACCGGAUGUGCGAUUCGUGAUUCAUCAUUGCGUUUCCAAAUCGAUGGAGAAUUUUUAUCAGGAGAGCGGUCGAGCGGGUAGAGAUGGCAAAAAGUCGGUGUGUCUUGUGCUCUAUAGAUUAGCGGACGUAUUUAAAUUGAGUACGAUGGUAUUUCAAGAUAAAGUCGGAUUGCAAAAUUUGUAUAAAGUAUUGGCGUACUGCUUAGAUCAAACGUCCUGUAGACGGAGUUGGAUAGCGACUCACUUUGAAGAAAAUUGGAAAGAGACCGACUGUGCAGAAAUGUGUGAUCAUUGUAGGAAACCUAGCGUUAGAAAGCAGAUCGACGUAGCGCAUUAUUGUAGACAAUUGUAUCAGAUUAUGACUAAAGCUGUGCAAAACGAAACACGAUUGACCGCACUGAAGCUCGUAGACGCUUGGUACGGUAAAGGUGCCUCGUCAUUGCGAGUUUCUAACGUACCCGUGCCAAAUUUUACGAGAGAAACCGCAGAGGCUAUCGUAGGGUAUUUGCUGAUAAACGGUUAUCUACAAGAGGACUUUCAUUAUUCAGCAUAUUCUACGAUAUCGUAUCUUAAACGCGGACCUAAGUCAGGGCUGGCUCUCGACAACGAUCACAAGAUACUCUUUAACUAUGAGUUUUACUAAACUGUCGUUGCAAUCGAUAGUACGGUGAUUCAUGGAAGGUAUUCGUAACAAAUGUUUAAUGUUUCAAUAUGGCAUAUAUUAUUAAAAGAUCUCUCUCUCUCUCACACACACAAUUAUACAUCACGCAUUUACAUUAUUUGGAAACCUACUACUUCAUUACAAAUACAUUAAAACAAUUAAAGCUCGGACUUAAUUGCAACAUUCUGAAUUAAGUGUGAAACGAUUGAGAUUCGUUGUAAUUUCAUAACAUAAUUGAUGUAACUUUAGCCUCGAAUAAGAAAAAGAGAGAAAGAAAUUGUGCAAGUACUUAUACGGGAGAGAAAUUGGACGAGAGAUCGAUUAAAAGUGUAAAAGCGCGAAACGCUUAACGUGUGCACGGUUACGCAAUUUUGUACGUUACGAUUAAGAAACGUGAAAACGUGAUGGUGAACAAUCGAUAAAAACAGUCUCUGCGAGACAGCCUAUGGCGAACGUAGCGAAAUGUCAGUGGGUCGGAUAGUAGGAUAGGCUGAAUAGUCGCGGUAGGUUCCGUGAUCAAAUGGAAAUAUUGAUCUAAUAGUACAAUCUAUAAGAUAAGCAGCUAGAUAAGGCGGGGUGAUAUCUGCGUUAUUUUUCGUACUAUGCACCGUUGACGAGCUACGCUAUCGAGUAUACGAGUACGCAUCAUCGAAUACGAAUAUGUGUACGUGUGUCGGAAAAUGAAAUUUAACAACUGUCAACAACACGACGCGCGCGCUAGAACGUAGUUCCAGCCAAUUCGAGCGGAUCUCGUCGAAAUCGACGUGCUUGCGCUACCUGCAGGAACGACGCGCAGGCAGCGACGACGGCGCAGCCACUGAGCGAGUAAACGCUCGAGCUGAUUGAGCAGUGCCAGCAGUAAGAAUGCUAGCCUGAACUGAGCCUUUCAGCGAUUUAGAAACAGACACGUUAACGGAUGAUGUCGAUUUUACUUUACCUAUCUCAAUUACGAGUACAUUACGAGUGCAUGACGAGUACGUUUCGGCAGUAACUCGUAACGCAAGGUAUCGCGAGGUUUCCAGAAUAUCCAUCUUUUUCACUCGAAUCAUCUGCGAAGAAGAGUGAAAAAUGGCAGAGUCUCGCAAUUCGUUAUCGUGGAAUUCGGAAGCCAACAACGCGAGACGUUUAUACCGUGACGCGGAUACGUGUUAUUGCGUAUCGUCGAGGCUCCGUACGUUCCGUACACCACGUAAUAACGGUAUGUAACGAGGCUGAGUGCUUGUGAUAAAACUGAUAACGCCGUCGCGUGCGUAUUCGCGCAUACAGUGGCGUACCGUACUCGCGUACCUACGUAUUCACGACGUACGCCACGCAGAAAGACGAGCAGUCGUCGUGCGGGACUCUGGCGCGGCGAAUCCAAUCCAUCCGGUGCUUUUAAUUACCAUUACACAAUUGCGCAGAUUAUGUUCACCCUCCGUCCUACGUCCUCUUCCACCUGGCUCCGUUCGCAACAACAAUGUCGCUCGUCGUUUCAGAAUUUUCGUCGACUCUCGCAGUGGCGAGAGAGUCGUCGUCUCUCAUCUCGCAAGUAAGCGUACGAAAACUAACGGCUCUACGUACGUAGACGUAACUGACGUAACGUAACGUAACGUAAUCGCUAAUAAACUCUCGACCAAG